GCUGAGGCUCUCUGCACAUUUCACAGCACAUUUCUCAUUGCCUCUCCAGGUCCUUAAACAACACAACAGCAAAGACACAAACCCCACCCUCAAAACAACUCGCCCUUCCCCCUGGAGGGUUCCUAGGGGUUGGCCAAGGGCUGGAAAUUUGGAGCAGUGUGGAGCCAGGCGGCUGUGGGCAUUGAGUAUCCUAGACCCCAGGCUGGCCAGACAGGGUAGCCUAGGAGAAGGAGGAACGUAUACAGAUGAAUCCUCUGUUCCCUUCUGCAGUGGUCACCGGAGCAGGAGAUGGGAUUGGAAAAGCAUACUCACUGGAGUUGGCAAAAUGUGGACUCAACGUGGUGCUUAUCAGCCGGACCCUGGAGAAACUGCAGGUCCUUGCCAGGGAGAUUGAGCGAACCACAGGGAGCCGUGUGAGGGUGAUCCAAGCAGAUUUUACCAAAGAUGACAUCUAUGAGUCGAUCAAAGAAGAACUGAAAGGCUUAGAAGUUGGGAUUUUAGUCAACAACGUUGGGAUGCUUCCAAACCUUCUCCCGAGCCGUUUCCUCAGUGUGCCGGAUGAGAUCCAGAGCCUCAUCCAGUGCAACGUCACCUCCGUGGUCAAGAUGACACAGCUCGUUCUGAAACCCAUGGAAUCAAGGCGGAGGGGGCUCAUCUUGAACAUUUCUUCUGGGGUAGCGCUCUGCCCGUGGCCUCUGUACACUCUUUACUCGGCUUCCAAGGCUUUUGUGUGCACAUUUUCCAAGGCACUGCAAGCAGAAUAUAGAGCAAAAGGAAUCAUCAUCCAGGUGCUGACCCCAUACGCGGUUUCCACCCCAAUGACCAAGUAUCUGAAUACCAACAUGGUCACCAAGAGGGCCGAUGAGUUUGUUAGAGAAUCACUGAAUUUCGUCACGGUGGGAGAUGAGACCUGUGGCUGCCUGGCCCAUGAAGUCUUGGCCAGCUUUCUCAGCCUCAUCCCUGCCUGGGCCUUCUACAGCCGCGCCUUCCAAAGGUUCCUGCUGACCCGCUACACGGAUUACCUGCGGCAGAACGUCAGCACCAGGUAGUCCCGGACGCCCAGGCUGGCCUGCAGGGACCAGAGGAGCUGGCCGCCUGCCCCACCGGAGCCGGAGGAGCAGGGACUCAGAGGACACGCUGGUGUGGGGCCCUAGAACCCAAGUCCGGAGGCCUUUGGGAAAACCGUGGCCUAAAAACACCUGUUGUAAAGGGGUUUCUGGAGUUUUAUGUGUAAGGAGGGGAGGGGGGGGUGUGGAUGUCACUGGAGAAGGGUCUCGGGGGGCUUCUUAA